AUGUCUUUUUUCAAUUUCAAAGGUUUUGGUAGAAAUUCAAAGAAAAAUAAGAAUCAAAAUCAUAAUGCUGUGCUCACCCCAACGCCGCCUCCUACUAUCCAAUCAUCCAUAUACUCAAGCCCUCAUAAUAGCAGUUCAAAGCUUUCUCUAAGGAAAAAUAACGCAAGUAAUAAGACAUCGCCUACUAGAAGUAGUUACUCAUCGACAACUCAUGCCCAACAAAUACAGCAACAGAACCUUACACAACAACAAAAUAUAUCAGCAUCAUCUUCGUCCUCUUCAACAGUUCCGUCACAGCAAAUCAUGUUCCUGAGUGAGCCUUUUGUAAGGACAGCACUUGUGAAAGGUUCAUUCAAAACGAUAGUACAAUUGCCAAAAUAUGUUGACAUAGGUGAAUGGAUAGCACUCAAUGUUUUCGAGUUCUUCACAAACUUAAAUCAGUUCUACGGUGUCAUAGCUGAAUAUGUUACCCCCGAUGCCUACCCAACCAUGAAUGCCGGACCACAUACAGAUUAUCUGUGGCUUGAUGCUAAUAAUAGACAAGUUUCACUUCCCGCAAGUCAAUACAUUGAUUUAGCCCUCACUUGGAUAAAUAACAAAGUUAAUGACAAAAAUUUGUUUCCAACAAAAAAUAACGUCCCAUUCCCUCACGUCUUUCUCAGAGAUGUCCAGAGGAUAAUGAUUCAAAUGUUCAGAAUUUUCGCCCACAUUUACCAUCAUCACUUUGAUAAAAUAAUUCAUCUGUCACUGGAAGCUCAUUGGAACUCUUUUUUCGCUCAUUUUAUCAGUUUCGUCAAAGAAUUCGACAUUAUUGACAAGAAAGAAAUGUUACCGUUGGCACCGUUGAUUGAGAGCUUCGAAAAGCAAGGCAAAAUUAUUUAA